AUGACUCAACUUCAAAAACAGCGGCCGGAGAAGAACAUCGCCGGAAAGUGGAGGUGGCCACGGCGAAGGACCGGCGAAGAAGAUGAAUCUUGGGAGGUAAAAGCCUUUGCAGAGGACACAAACAGUGCAUUAGGGACAACAUGGCCUCCAAGGUCCUACACUUGUACCUUUUGCCGGAGAGAGUUUAGGUCAGCUCAGGCACUCGGUGGCCACAUGAACGUUCACCGGAGAGACCGGGCAAAGCUCCGGCAAUCCUUUCAGGCUUCUGAGCAAUCUUCUCCGGUGAUGUUUAAGCCACCAGAGUUUGUGGUUAAAGGUGAUCAUGGUGCUUUUCAUAGCAUGAGCUUUUUCUAUUCUUUUCCGGUGAUAGCACAGUCUCCAGUGACCGGAAAAAGGUCAGAGACUAGUGAGAGUGGUGAUGGAGGUGGUGGUGCUGUGGUUGAAGAAGGAAUUGAUCUUGAGCUUCGUCUUGGAUGGUGAUUUCAAG